ACGCAACGGCUCCUAAGAGUCACAUUUAUUUUGUAAGGCCAACUUUUAAUAGUAAAUCAACCACAUGUUUUUUGGUAUUUCUAUUUAUUUUGAAAACUGGUUGUGAAAUGAUUCAAGUUUUGAAAAUUACAGUUUAUCUGCUUUCUAGGCUUGAAUUUCUUCUUUUUCAUAGGCCUCACUUGCAAUACUCUGGAUUCAUUUGAAUUUCGUUAUAUAAUUACAGGAGCUGGAAAUGCAAGCCAGGUCGCACGGUCUACCUUUAACGGAUUUUAGACUGACAUCACUAUCAGCGCCAACGCCAACUACCUCAUUUCUUAAAUGUCCUACUCCACCGUAUAAAAGUCAUCAUUCUACUCCUGUGAUAAAUGAUAUAUCGGAAAAUUCACAUGUAAUUGCUAAUAAUCCGAGUAGUUGUAAUGCAAGUAUUGUUGAUGAUCUAAUGGACGAUAACAGACAUCCAAUGCGCGGUGAUGAUCCAAUGUUAUCCUCUCACAGCGAUCACUUAUUAUCUACCGGACAUUUUCUCACCGAAUGUAACCACUCAGCACAACCUAUUACACUGUCCAACUACGAACAUCAUAAAUUUUAUUCUACUGAAAAAAAUGUGGAAACAGUUAGAAGUACAUGCUGCCCUAACCACCCAAAUUCUUUAACAUUCAUGGUUGAAAAUAAUAAUGACAACAAUUACCUUAACCACAGCAUUCAGCAGAAUAAUAGCGAUCAUAACAAUAAAAGUCAAUAUAAUAAAGUAGUUAGGAGCCAAUAUUACCACCAACAGCGCCAUCGUCAUCGACGCCGAGAGCGACAACAGCAGAAUAUUAGUUUACCUACCAUGCCGAUACAGCAUGGUUGUGAUCCACUACUAUCAUCUUCUCAUCGAAACGAAUUAGACGCACCGUCGCCUCUCUCCCAUUUUCAUGACGAAUGUAAUGUUGAAAUAGGGAACGAAAUGAUGAAUGGCUCCGAAAACGUUGUAGAUCCCUCAAGUAAUAUUGUUAACGAUCCUUUGCCGCUCAUGAUUUCAACUUCGGAAGCCAUGCUAUUAUCAACGGAUUCUCUUGACAUUGAUAUAGCAAAGUUAAACUAGUGAACAAAGAGUACACGCCAUUCGCCUACGUACCUGAACCUUCUUGUAGCAUGUAUAAGUACAGAAGAAAUGGAAUAAAUUAUUCAAAUGUUAUAUUAAAUACUAAAUUGUGGAUUCGAUUGUAAAUGUAUUUGUUAAGUUGCAGAAAUCUUCACGUAUUAACUGACAUUAAAGCCAAAAAUAUUUUUCAAAUUA